UUUUUUCAAUUGCCUCAACUGAGUAUUAAUUCUCCUCCUCCCUCCUGAAUCGGAAGGGGAGAGAGAAACAGAGCACUUCGCUCCGAAGGAGCAAAGCGACCGUUGAAGUGGAUUUUGUCUCGAUCAUUAUUAGGGUUUGAAAUUCGAUUUGGGCGUUCGAGAGUCGGAAACAACCCCGAAUUAGGGUUUUGUUGUUCGCGUAAUAGUUUCGGGGAUCAAAGCAAAGCUUCGAAGGGGAAUUGGCUCUUGAUUUGGGGUUUUGUUAGGGUUUUUGGCUUCCGGUCUCUGCGUCGCGCGAUUCAAGAGAAAGCGACUUCGUAUGCUCCGUAAUCGCUGUUUCGAUCUCCUUUUCGAGCUAAUGCGGCUCCAAUUUCUUGUUUGAGGACGCUUUUUUUCUCCCACCCCCGCUUUCUUCUGGGUUCGGAGAAGUUUCGGGAACUGAAUAAGAUGAAUGCCCCAAUAAUUGACCCGUUGCAGGGGGAUUUCCCUGAGGUGAUAGAGGAGUAUUUGGAGCAUGGGAACAUGAAAUGUAUCGCCUUCAAUCGCCGAGGAACUCUUCUCGCAGCUGGUUGCGCCGAUGGGAGCUGCGUAAUUUGGGAUUUCGAGACAAAAGGGGUCGCUAAAGAACUCCAUGACAAAGACUGUGUCGCACCAAUAACAAGUGUAUGCUGGUCCAAAUAUGGCCACCAAUUACUUGCCUCUGCCACUGACAAGUCUCUGACCCUGUGGAACGUGCUGAACGGGGAAAAAGUUGCCCGAAUAACUCUACAGCAAACCACUCUGCAUGCCAGGCUACACCCUGGCUCUUCUACUCCCUCUCUUUGCCUGGCUUGCCCGCUCUCCUCUGCACCCAUCCUUGUGGAUUUAAACACCGGGAGUUCCACCGUUCUCCCAGUUUCAGUUUCUGAUCCCAGCAAUGGCGGGCCCGCACCCCACCCGAGAAAUAAAUUUUCUGAUGGUUCUCCACCAUUCACCCCAACAGCUGCCACCUUUAACAAGCGUGGAGAUCUAAUCUAUGUUGGGAACUCCAAAGGCGAAAUUCUUAUAGUCGAUUCUAAGAGCAUUCAGGUACUUGCGAUGGUUCCCAUAUCAGGUGGCGCAGUGGUUAAGGACAUCAUCUUCAGUAGGAAUGGGCAGUAUUUGCUCACAAAUUCUAACGACCGAGUGAUUAGGGUUUAUGAGAACCUCCUCCCCCCAAAAGAUGCGGCGAAGGAGCUUGAGGCGUUGAAUAACAAUAACAAUAAUAACGACUACAAAGGGGCCAUGAAGUUGAAAGUGACUGGGUCAAAAUGUCUUCUACUUUUCCGGGAGUUCCAAGAUGCUGUGACGAAGAUACAGUGGAAAGCACCGUGCUUUAGUGGUGAUGGUGAGUGGAUUGUUGGUGCUUCGGCUAACAAAGGAGAGCAUAAGUUAUACAUAUGGGAUCGAGCUGGCCAUCUUGUGAAAAUUCUAGAAGGUCCUAAGGAAGCCCUGAUCGAUCUUGCAUGGCACCCUGUCCAUCCUGUGAUUGUGUCAGUUUCCGUGGCAGGAUUGGUGUAUAUAUGGGCCAAAGACCAUAUAGAGAACUGGAGUGCAUUCGCCCCCGAUUUCAAAGAAUUGGAGGAGAAUGAAGAAUAUGUCGAGAGAGAAGAUGAGUUCGAUUUAAAUCCUGACCCAGAACCAGUGAAAGAGUUGGAUAUCGAUCAAGAUGAGGAAGUUGAUAUUCUAGCGGUGGAGAAGGAUACAGCUUUUAGUGAUUCAGAUGCCUCACAAGAAGAACUAAUUUUCUUGCCUGCAAUUCCUUCGCCGGAUGAACCGGAACAACAAGAUAAGUGUAUUGGGAGCUCAUCUAAAUUGGAGGACAGCAACCACUCUGAUUCACCCUUUUCAGUGGAUGCCGUGCAGAACCCAGCAAUGCCUACUGCUUCUAGUCCACUUGAAGUUGUAGAUAAUUCUGCUGCAGAAGAGGCAGCUGCUGCGACAAACAUGAAGCGGAAGAGGAAGCCAUCAGUAAAGGGACUGGAGCUGCAGGCUGAGAAGGGUCGGAAGCCCAUAGCUACAAAGGCGAAGCCCUCAGGGAAGUCGUCGAAAGCCAAGAACAAGAACGGAGAUGGGUCUGCUCUCGAGAUUGAGGAUGACGUGACUGAUGACAACCUGUAGAGUUUGGGUGCAAUAUACCUGCAAAUUCAUGUGCGACAAAUUCCUGCACACGGAUUGAGCAUGCAGCUCAUCAGUGUCAGGAUGCAUCCCAAACAUCUGAUAUGGACUGUUGGGAUGCAUCCUGUCAUUAAUGAGCGGUGGGAUAAUCCAAUUUGCAGGAUUUUUCUGUACAUGGGAGUGCACCGAUGAGUACCCGUAAACUUUAUUAACUUAUUCUGGAUAUUAUGUUAUGUAGUUUCUUCUUUCUGUACAUGAACUUCGGCAGUAUGUUAGAGGUUUGGACAAUUUUGGCCCCCCUCGAGCUUUUCGGACAUGUGUGAGUGAGUCUGAUUUAAGUACUAGCAUUUUUAACAUCAAAA